AAGCUGUGCGACUCAUUAUAAGAGAUCAAUUUUGCCACUCCGAAAAAUACAGAGAACCUCAACCACCGGUGUCGGCGGUGAUACCACAUUUGCCGGUUGAGGAAGCUAAGUUUGUGGGCGGAGUGUCGGUUGACUUAGUUCAAAUCUCGAACUUGGGUCUUGAAAUCUUCUUGCAAAGAUGUCUGCCAAGCAGAACGGCACCAUCGCUGCAAACGGUACUACUCCGACGGCGGCGAGGGCCGCUGCCCCACUCAAACAAACACCCCGUCCUUACGUCCCCCAGAGGAUUCACGACGUCCGACAUAACCGGCGGCGGUGCAGCUGCCGCAGGUGUUUCUGCUAUGGCUGCUUCUGGGCAGUCCUCAUCAUCUGCGUCCUCCUACUCCUAGCCGCCAUCGCCGGAGCCGCGUUCUACGUCCUCUUCCGUCCGCAGCGCCCGGAGUUCUCCGUCUCCUCCCUCAAGAUCUCGCAAUUCAACCUGACUACCGCCUCGGACGACACGACGCGCCUCACCGCCAAGCUGAACCUCACAAUCUCCGCCCGAAAUCCCAACAAGAAAAUGGUCUACAGCUACGACCGGAUCUCCCUGAGGGCGAUCGCCAGCGGGAUCGCCAUCGGGAACGGGUCGUUCCCGGGAUUCACCAGCAACCCGAGUAACAUCAGCGUGAUCCACUCGACGCUGUCGUCGAUGUCGCAGGCGGUGCUGGAUUCAGAGUCAGUGUCGGAAUUGAAGUCAGAUCUGAAGAAGAAGAAGGGGGGAAUGGCGAUCAAGAUCUUGAUGGACACGAUGGUGGUGGUGAAGCAGGACAAACUGAAGAGCAGGAGAGUGGGGAUCAGGGUGACAUGCGAAGGAAUCCGCAGCCAAACCCCCAAAGGCGGCGGGAAGAAGAAGACUCCGGCCGUCGCUACAACCUCUGAUGCAAGCUGUAAGGUUGAUCUCAGAAUCAAGAUCUGGAAAUGGACUUUCUAAUUUUAGAUUUUUUUUCUCAAUUUGCUUUUUUAUUUUUAUUUUGGAAAAAAAUAAAAAAAAAUUGCUUUUUUAUUUACUCCGCAAUUAAUUAAUUACAUACGCUUUUUUCUUUCUUUCGGAAAUUGGCUGGAGAAGAGAACCGGAUUUAGAAAUCUGGGGGCUGGGAGUUUUUACUUUUUUUUUUUGAGAUAUUACCCAAAAUGGGACUAAAAAUGUUUGAAAAUUCUAAAAUAGAACUUCCAUGUUUUUAUUCUCAAAAUAGGACUAAUUACUGUCAUGUUUUGGCAAUACCAGACUUCAAACAUGACAGUAUUUUUCAAAUUUGGCAGUAAUUAGUCCUAUUUUGGGAAUAAAAACAUGAUAGUCCUAUUUUGGAAUUUUCAGACUUUUUUAGUCCCAUUUCGGGAACUUUCCUUUUUUUGUUAUCAACAAUGUGUGGUACAACUCAUUUUUCCUCCCGUUGGGGAAAUUACUUUCAAAUACGCGGCAUGUAAUUUUAUCAUCAUUAAUUAAUUGAUUAAUAGAUUAGAUUGCAUUAUGAAGAUUUAAUUGAGUGAUGUUCACG